AUGGCGGGGCGGCCCGGGCCGGGCACGGGGCGGCGGGAGGCGGCGGCGGGCGGGGCCCGGCGCUUCCCGCGGGAGUGCUGCGAGGGGCUGGGCGGCCUGGACUACGGCCAGGUGGAUGUGGCAGCCAUGGUGCAGCUCUUUGGCUACGUGGAUGUGACCGACACUGGCUUCAUUGUGGCUGUCCUCUCAAUUGCCUUCAACCCUCUCUUCUGGAAUGUGGUAGCCAGAUGGGAGCACAAAACACGAGCACUCAGCCAAGUCUUCGGCUCUCCCCAUGCUGCCUGUUACUGCCUGGGCACUGUGAUCCUGGUGCUGAAUUGUGUGCGGAGCCACUGCUUCACAGAAGCCAUGAAGAGCCAGCCAAAGCUGGAGGGCUGGGACUGCCACUGGACCUACUACUCAGGCUUGGCCAUCUCAGCUGUAGGGACCUUGUUUGUCAUCUCCAGCUUCUUAGCACUGGGAUUCACUGGGACCUUCCUAGGUGAUUACUUUGGCAUCCUGAUGGAGGAAAAAGUGACCAGUUUCCCCUUCAGCGUCCUGGAUAAUCCCAUGUACUGGGGCAGCACAGCCAUCUACCUGGGCUGGUCCCUCAUGCACGCCAGCCCAGCUGGCCUUUUGCUGACAGCUGUAGUGGCAAUUUCCUACACAAUUGCUGUGCUGUACGAGGGGCCUUUCACAGAGGAAAUCUAUCGGAGGAAGCAGAAGGGAGUGAAGAGCAAGUAG